AUGGCUUCACAACUCAGAGAAACCCUUAAGCCUGAGUCACCACCAAAUGACCUUGAAACAGACAAUCUAGAGUCCAUUCCAAGCUGGGGUUCUGUUGUGGAGUCUGGAGAAGACAACUCUAACUCGCCAAGUCCUCAGCUGAACUUUCCCCCAAAUGACAAUGGCUCUUUGGCAAAGCAGGAGCUGCGAAGACUCUGGGAUAUGUUUACCUCAUGGUUGCAGCCAGAAAAACGGAGCAAGGAGCAGAUGAUUUCUCAACUGGUCUUGGAGCAGUUUCUCAACAGUGGGCACUACAAGGACAAGGAUGCCUUAAAAGAGAAAUGGGAAUCAAGUGGCAAAAACAUGGAGAGAUUCAUGGAGGGUCUGACUGAUGAGUGCUUAAAACCCCCUGUCAUGGUCCAUGUCUCCAUGCAGGGGCAGGAAGCCCUCUUUUCUGAUCAUAUUUCCUUAAAACAAGUCAUCAGUCAAUUAAAACAGCGGCAAUCAGCAACAUCUGCAACAGAAGAGGAUGCAAUGACACCUCUUCAGACCUCACAUGGCAUGAUCUUCGCAACAGGCUAUGAAGACACUCAAGAUGGCUACAAGAACCCCCAGCAAACCAGUGAAGUAAAUAGUGGUGUUUAUAGUCUGGAAAAUGAGAAGGAUCCCCUUCCUACUAUCCAAGGAUAUAAAAAUCCUGAGCCUGAAGUGGGUGAUAUUUUUUGUGGAAUCCCCCAUGCUGCCAAAGGGACAAAGCAAGGCUCCUCCAGGUACCAGGAUCAGUUCCUCUGGGAAAGAUUUCCUGAAGCUGUACCUAUGGAGUUACAAGCAGGAUUGUCCUCCAGGCUAGACCACACUGAAGACAAUGAAGAUGGCAGCAAUGCUUUCUGGAAUGCCACUGAAGUAUAUGCUGGUGCUACCAAUACUGGAAAUGAGAUAGACCCCCUUCUCACUAUUCAGAGAGAAGAUCCUGAGCCCGAGGAGAGAUGCUGUUCUCAUGGAGACCUUGACAAAGCUACAAGAGGGAGUCAGGGCCCCUUCAGGUCCCCAGGAGAGUCACAAAGUGCACCUUCUCCUGAAGAUGUCACAGUGAAGGUAUCAAUGCUCCUCUCUAAGCCACAGUGGCCUCCCUCUCAGUCUGUCUCUCUGUGCCAGAAUCUUGAGGCCAACUCCACAGGUACAGGUCAGCAGGAGAGACUCCACAGAGACCUGAAAACACACAAUUGCGAUGAAUGUUCUCAAACCUUCAAGUAUCGGUCUAGACUUUUAGCCCACCAGAGAAAACAUAGGAACGAGAGGACAUUUUCCUGUCCCUUGUGCCAUAAAGGCUUUUAUAACCACUCAGACCUUGGAGUUCAUCAGGUCAUCCACAAGCAAGAGAAGCCUUUCACAUGCAGCACAUGCAAAAGGUCCUUCAGCCACAAGACAACCCUGCAUGCUCAUGAGAGGAUUCACACAGGAGAGAAGCCCUACACCUGCUCCCUGUGUAACCGUAGCUUCCGCCAGUCGUCCACAUACAACCGGCACCUGAGGAACUGCCACAAAUGACACUGAACUCCAAAUCUUCCCACUCAGAGGCCAGCACAGCCUUA